GCAACCAACCAUCACGACCAGCAUCCAGCAGGCAACUUGGAUGCGCGUACAGGACGGGCUCCCCCCCCUGCUGAUACGCACGCACUGGCGUCUCUUGCCGGUGUCAAGCAACGGCGAGCUCCCUGCGCCGCCUGGAUUGCUACCUCACAACACGGAACCAAUCUUUGCUUCCCCUCAUCUGCCAUCGAAGAUGCUAUCGCAUGCGGGGAAUUCGAGAAAGUCACCGGUGCGGUACUCCGCACUUCAGCAGCAGAGCUUUGAGUCGGCCGCUCGCCGCGACUCGGCGUCUUUACUCUGUCUGCUUGGUUCCGUGACGUUCACUUGGGUACAGGCCGAUUCAGGUCCCAGCUUCGCUCGCUCUGACUGACCAAAUGUUGCUGCGGCAGUGCGCUCAAUCUCUCUCACAUAUCAUCCCGUUGGAAGGAGCCAGCAGCUGAGACAAGCAAUCGCCUCGGAUGCAUAGAUGCUUCCGCGCUCUCGCAGUUUGAAGCGCGUGCUGCGCACUCUUGGACGUGCACGUCACUGUAUAUGGCUCAAGUUGUUGCAAGAGUGGACGAUGUGAAGGGUGUAUAAGUAUACCAUCUUGAAAUUCUAUCGU